GGCGGGCCCUCUGUUUGGGUUGCAGUUUCCGCGUUGGGUUGCCAGGUACGAGGUUGGGGUUGGCUUGCCGGAGGAGGGUCCGGAAGCCAGGAGGGGUGCUUAACCGGAAGGUGCUAGGCCUGGGACCGUGCAGGGGGAAAGCAUUGGGGGUAGAACGAAGGGCGCGUGCUGAAGCCGUGAAGUUCCGCGCGUUCCUGGAACCGAGGAAAGGACGCGUGGGUGGAGAGAGAUCGGAGGGAGGUGACAGAAAUGUGGGCGGGGGCUAGAUCUCUGGUCGUAAAGUUUUGGAAACCACCGGAAGGAGUUUGGAUUUUAUCAGAGAGCCGGCUUAUGACUUUUUGCAAAUUCUGUUAAUUCAUUUAGUACUUUUUUGUUGAGUAUGUACUAUAUGCAGAUAGUAUUAUAGGCACUGAGGAUGCAGCAGUGAACAAAACAAUGCCUACCCUGGCAGAGCUGACGUUCUAGUGGGUGAGACAGCCCUUAAGCAAAGUAAGUAAGUGAAACAUAUCGCAGGUCAUGUACGUACGUGCAUGGAGAAAAAUAAAGCAGACAAAGUGGGUAGCGUGCUGGGAUGGGAGGGCAUGGCAGUGACAUUUGAGCAGGACUUGGAAAAGAGAAGGGAGCAAACUGCAGAUAGCAAGCCGCUGAUGUGAAGAUCCUGCUGUGGGGAUAGCCUCAUGUGUUCCAGCAACACCAAGAAAGUCCAUGCGUGAUCUCCUGAGGACAGGGCGCAGCACCGCAUUUACCACUCGGCACGUCAUGGGUGUGCGCUGCGUGCUUGUGCGGAGAGGCCUCCUUGGAAGGGACCUCUUCAUGACCAGGACUCUCUGCAGCCCAGGCCCUCGCCAGCCCAGAGAGAAAGGACCUGAGGAGGUGGCCCUGGGGCUGUACCACCGCCUCACUGCCCUGGGAAGAGCCCUGGGGCACGACAUUCGGCAGCGAGCGUCCUCCACGGCCACGACCUGGUGGGACAGAUAUGAAGAGUUUGUCGGACUCAAUGAGGUUCGCGAGGCCCAGGGAAACGUGACCGAGGCAGAGAAAGUGUUCAUGGUGGCGCGAGGGCUUGUCCGAGAGGCUCGGGAAGACUUGGAGGUUCACCAGGCCAAGCUGAAGGAGGUGAGGGACCGCUUGGACCGCGUCUCCAGAGAGGAUAACCAGUACCUAGAACUGGCUACGCUGGAGCACAGGAUGCUGCAGGAGGAGAAGAGGCUUCGUGCAACCUAUCUGCGCGCGGAAGACUCAGAGCGAGAGAAGUUCUCCCUCUUCUCUGCGGCUGUGCGGGAAAGUCACGAGAAGGAGCGCACUCGAGCUGAGAGAACCAAGAACUGGUCCCUCAUUGGGUCAGUCCUGGGGGCCCUGAUUGGCGUGGCUGGCUCCACCUAUGUGAAUCGGGUGCGGCUACAGGAGCUGAAGGCCUUGCUCUUAGAGGCACAGAAGGGGCCUCUGAGCCUCCAGGAGGCCAUCCGAGAACAGGCAUCCAGCUACUCCCUCCAGCAGAGGGACCUCCAUGACCUCAUGGUAGACCUAAGGGGCCUGGUACGAGCUGGGCCCGGGCAGAGCCCUGGGGCCCAGACAGGUACUUCCCCCACCCGAGACAGAGACACAGAUAUCCUUUCAGCUGCCCUGAAAGAGCAGCUCAGCCAUUCCAGGCAGGUCCGUUCCUGUCUAGAGGGUUUACGAGAGCGGCUUGAUGGCUUGGAAAAGACGUUCAGCCAGACGGCUGAGGUGGUUCAGCUUGCAAAGGCUGCGGUGCAUCCGGGCCUGGUGGAGCCAGCAGAUGGGGCUCUGCCGGGCUCCUUGCUGGAGCAGGGAAACAUGAUCCUGGCACUGUCGGGCAUGGAGCAGAGGUUAGAAGCCCAGGUCAACAGGAACACCAUCUAUAGCACGCUGAUCACCUCUGUGACAUUUGUGGCCGCGCUACCUGUGCUCUACAUGCUGUUUAGGGCCAGCUAGCCCCUGGACCCUCCUCCAGAGGCCCUGAGGGGAUAGGUGUGGCUGUGGAUUUAGAGAAUCCCAACAAUGAAGUGAGCCUUUGGGGUGCACGCAGCCUCACCCUGAGGCUGAGCACCAUCUCUGUGGCUGACCAGCGGGCAUACUUUGCUUUCUAGAAAAUGCUCCCUUAUGUUAAUUAUCAAAACUCUAUGCUAAUAUCCAAUUAAAAUGUCUUUGGGUUUGUGUUACUUAAA